GCGAGAGUUGGCGUAAACUCAUAAUAAGGACACCAAUGAUAUGGAAUAGUCUUGAUUUGCAAACCAUAACUGAUGUGAAUUUGAAUGAAUUCUUUGAGAUGAUGGCCGCGAAUCAGCUGUUCCUAUGCAUGAAAGGCCUGAAUCUGAGCGGUUGGAACGGAGCCAAUGCCGAACGAGUUCUGGACACCGUUGCCACCAAUUGUCGCGACAAUCUGCACGAGUUGUCACUCAAGAACUGCAAAAACAUUUCCUCACAAUUUCUGCAGACAUUAAGCACUCAUUGCCCUAAUAUUGUUGUUCUGGACAUCUCUUCGAUUACGGCGACAUCUCAUCAGAACAGCCAAAGCCCUUUCGCUGCGCCUGUCUUUCGGCCGUAUCUCGAAAAGUGUGGCAAUAAUUUGAUUUCAUUAAACAUG